AUGUGUUUACAAAAGCAGAAGCUGGAAGUGCAGGAGGAGGAGGAGGAGGAGGAGGAUGUGGUGGUGGUGGUGGUGGUGGUGGUGGUGGAGAAGGAGAAAAUGAAAGCUGGAAGUGCAGGAGGAGGAGGAGGAGGAGGAGGAGGAGGAGGAGGAGGAGGAUGUGGUGGUGGUGGUGGUGGAGAAGGAGAAAAUGAGUAUGAUAUGGAAGAUGUGGUAGUGGUGAUAGUGUUGUGGGCGGAAGCCGAUGACUCGACAGUGGUGAAAGCUGACUCUGAGAACAUUGGCGGGCGAUAUUACGGCCCUCGGAAAGUGUGGGUGAAGUGGCAGGGGGAGGGUCGGAGGGGGACGGCGUUCCGCGCCGCGCCGUCAGCGGCAGAAGCAGAAGCAGAAGCGCAGCGCCGCUCCGGGCCGGGGGAGUCCCGCGGGGCGCCGACGUCACGCCGCGCCGGCGCAGAUUGGCUACGUGCGCCGCAUCGCAGCCCGGCCGCGUCUCCGCCGCCCGAGGCGUGGCAGCCGCCGGCGGGUGGAGGGCGCCUCAGUGAAUUCUCGGCCAGAAAUAAGUCACGACAGCCGCGAUAA